AUGUGUGACACUAUCACGAGCGGCUGGUAUCGGCUCUUCCUUCGUGGCUUGAGUGUUAAAAUCUCAGACACCUGUGUUGCAUAUAGUCGCUGUGGCACUAAUAUCCCACUGUGGAUUCGUGGUGGACACCCAACAAUUGAGGAUGGAGUCGUCACUCGAGAUGUCUGUGGUAACGCUGGCAGUUACUGCUGCUAUUAUGGCUCUUACCCCAUUAAAGUCAAAGCUUGUCCAGGAAAUUAUUACGUCUAUGAGCUGGUUAGUCCAACUGUCUGCAAUGCAGCAUACUGUGCAGAUGUUAGCAGCAUUAACACCAGCUCUUCAGCAGUCAUACCAGCGUCUCUCUUAACUGAUUAUUAUUCUGCUGACCCCUGUUACAACUACACUGUGCUGGACGAUCAGUGGAGAGCCAUCAAUAAUACAUAUUCCUCCUCCUACUGUGACACCAGAGUCACCUGGAGCGGCUGGUAUCGUCUCUUCAUUAACAGUGUGAGCGCUCACAUCCCAGACACAUGUGUUGCUCAGUAUCGCUGUGGUACUAAUAUCCCACUGUGGAUUCGUGGUGGACACCCAACAGUUGAGGAUGGAGUCGUCACUCGAGAUGUCUGUGGUAACGCUGGCAGUUACUGCUGUUAUUUCGGGUUUUACCCCAUUAAAGUCAAAGCUUGUCCAGGAAAUUAUUACGUCUAUGAGCUGGGACUGUGCACUGUUACUGCUGCCUUUUUGCACUUCUUCUUUCUGGCCUCUUUCUGCUGGGUGCUGACAGAGGCGUGGCAGUCCUACCUGGCUGUGAUUGGCAAGAUGAGGUCCCGCCUCAUUCGCAAGCGUUUCCUGUGCCUGGGCUGGGGUCUUCCAGCCCUUGUGGUCGCUGUAUCUGUGGGUUUUACCCGGGCCAGAGGUUACGGCACGCCAAGUUAUUGUUGGUUGUCUCUGGAAGGAGGGCUGCUCUAUGCAUUUGUCGGCCCCGCUGCUGUCAUUGUACUGGUGAACAUGCUGAUUGGGAUAGUGGUCUUCAACAAGCUCAUGUCUAGAGAUGGUAUCUCAGACAAAUCCAAGAAGCAGAGAGCAGGUCCGCCGUUGGAAGCGCGUAACAGGCUGCUCCUGAAAUGCUCCAAGUGCGGCGUGAUCUCCAGUACCGCCCUGUCCAGCUCUACCGCCAGCAGUGCCAUGGCGUCGUUAUGGAGCUCUUGUGUGGUUCUCCCUCUGUUGGCACUCACAUGGAUGUCAGCUGUGCUGGCCAUCACAGACCGCCGAUCAACCCUCUUCCAGGUGCUCUUUGCCGUCUUUGACUCAGUCCAGGGAUUCGUCAUCAUCACAGUGCACUGUGCCAUGCGCCGAGAGGUACAGGAUGCAGUGCGCUGCAGGAUGGGUGGGUGCAAAGACGACAGUGAAAACUCUCCAGACUCCUGCAAGAACGGCCAGGUGCAGAUCAUGACGGACUUUGAAAAAGAUGUGGACUUAGCGUGUCAAACAGAAAGAGGACAUCCAUUCAUUUUUAAGGAGGUAAACACCUGUAACCCUGCUACCAUAACUGGCACUCUAUCACGCAUCUCCCUGGACGAUGAGGAUGACCCAAAGUUGUCAGCUCACCAGGAAGGCGUUAAUUUCAGCAGCCUGCCUGGGAACAUCCCACCUCCUAAUCUCCUGGUGCAGGUACCUCCUUUGGGUCCGUUGAAUGAGCUAAGCGAGCAGCCACUAAAGAAGGAGGUUAAUGUGGAGCAGCAAGGUCAGCAUCAACGAUCUGGACCCAUCUACUUGUGCACAGAGAGCGGGCUGGGUUGGCCCCGACCAAACCCUUCUUCCACCCAGGAUUCAGCUGGUGGUGUUGGUGGGGAAGGGGACUACAUGGUGUUGCCACGUCGGACAGUCAGUCUCAAGCCCCCUCCUCCAAUCCAGGAUGAGGGGAAGCCCCUGAACAUUACAGUAGAUGACCCUCCCUUUCCUCCACCCCCUUCACCCCUGACUCUGCAUCCAGCAGAGAGUGAGGCAUACCCUGCAGACUUUGCAGCUGUGGACCACAUCAGCAUGAACCUAAACCGCUCCUAUGGCACACUCAAACAGUUGCCAGCCCACACCGGGCACACACAUUCCCACACCAACACCCACACCAUGCAGGUCAAGCAGAAUCGUCCCUCUGUCCGGCAGAUCCUCACCUCGGGGACAGUGGAGCGCACCAGAACCCUUCCCCGCAACCUGGGCAGCACCAACACCAGCCUCUCGGCUGGAUCUUUGGAAGUAAGUAAGGGUUAAAAAAGGGGUUCAUUCUUUUUAAAUCUAGAAGCAUC